AUGGGCCCGCCAGGCGGGGGGCGCAACCCCGUCACCGGGCGGCUGCUGAGGCACUUCUGCGUCGUCGCCAUCAACGAGUUUGAUGACGCCUGCUACUCUCGCAUCUACACCGCCAUCUCCUCCUGGUGGGCCGCCCGGGCCCGCCUGCCAGAGGCAGCUUCCGCGCGGCUGUCCGCCGUGGUGGCGGCGACGCUGUCCCUGUACGGGGCACUGCGGCGGCAGUUGCUCCCGACGCCGGCGAAGAGCCACUAUGUCUACAACAUGAGGGACCUGUCCAAAGUGUUCCAGGUGGACGACCACCUCGGCGUGAACUUCUCGGACGCGUUCCCGCCCGCCGUCGACGUCACCGGUGACCCAGCCGGGGGCCCGCCCUCGGCGGCCGUAAGUCCGCGGCGCGGGGGCGGCGUUGCAGAGGGGACCGCGGAGGCGGCCGCGCUGAGGCGGGUGGUGUACGCGCCGUUUGCCAAGGCGGCGGGCGGAGAGGGACCUUCUCUGUACCAGGAGGUGCCCUCUGGGCAGCAGCUGCUGCGCGCCGUGGAAGGCGCCCUGGCUGACUACAACACACAGUCCAAGAGCCGCCUGGAGCUGGUGGUGUUUGCCUAUGCGGCAGAGCACGUGGCGCGCAUCAGCCGCAUCAUCAGGCGAGGGGCUCAGCAGCCAUACGGCAACGCGCUGCUGGUCGGCGUCGGCGGCAGCGGGCGGCAGAGCCUCAGCCGGCUGGCGGCUCACAUGGCCGAGUACAAGCUGUUCAGUGUUGAGAUCACGCGGUCCUACGGCCUGACUGAGUGGCGGGAAGACCUGAAGAAGGUCCUGCUGCAGGCGGGCGUGUCUGGCCAGCCGUGCGUGUUCCUCGUCAGCGACACGCAGCUCAAGAGCGAGGCCUUCCUGGAGGACAUCAACAACAUACUCAACACAGGGGAGGUGCCCAACUUAUUUGCAAAGGACGAGGUCGUCUCCAUACUCGAGGGCGUCACCGCCCGCGCCAAGAAGGCCGCCGCGGCAGCUGCAGCAGCUGCAGCUGGGACGGCGGGUUCGGGGCCGCAGCAGCCGCGCGCCGCGGGGGCGGCGCUGACGCCGGCGGGGUUGUGGGCGUUCUUUGUCGAGAGCUGCAGGGCCAACCUCCAUUUGGUGCUGGCAAUGAGCCCCGUCGGCGGCGCGUUUAGGGAGCGGCUGCGCAAGUUCCCCUCUCUGGUGAAUUGCACCACCAUUGACUGGUUCUCUGAGUGGCCGGCAGAUGCGCUGCAGGGGGUGGCCGGCAGGUUCUUGGCAUCGCUCGACAUGGCGCCGGCUUCGGCGGAGCCCGCCUCAGCCGCAGCUCCAGCUGCGGCCGCAGCCCCCAGCAGCGGUGAGAGUCCAACGGCGGCGGCGAGCGCAGCGCCGGGAGCGGGCGCGGCGCCGCAUGAGGGGGCCGGCGAGGACGGACGAGGGUUUGAGGAGUCCGAGGCGGGCGCCGCGGCGCGAGAGGCGGUGGUUGAGCUGUGCAUGGCGAUGCACAUCGGGGUGCGGCGCCUGGCUCAGGACUUUUACAGGGACCAGAAGCGCCGCACCUACACCACGCCCACCAGCUACCUCGAGCUAAUACAGGCCUACAAGGAGCUCCUUGGUGCAAAGCGCAAGCAGGUCCAGCAGCAGAGGAGCAGGUACGAGGUUGGCCUCUCCAAGCUGCUGGCGGCCGAGGUUGACGUGGGUCGCAUGCAGGAGGAGCUGACAGCUCUGCAGCCACGGCUGGUGGAGACGGGCAAGCAGGUCGCGGAGACCCUCACGGUGGUGGACCGGGAGACCCAGGAGGCGGCCGCCAAGAGGGAGGUCGUGGCCGGGGAGGAGGCCGCGGCGUCGACCAAGGCGGCCGCAGCCAAGGCCAUCAAGGACGAGUGCGAGGGGGAGCUGGCUGUGGCGAUGCCGCUGCUGGAGUCGGCCCUCGCAGCACUCAACACCCUCACCAAGGCUGACAUAACAGAGGUCAAGAGCAUGAAAAAUCCCCCGGCACCGGUCAAGGUGGUGAUGGAGGCGGUGUGCCAGAUGCUGGGGGUCAAGCCCAAAAAGAUGAACGACCCAUCAGACCCCACGAAGAAGCUGGACGACUACUGGGGUCCGUCCCAGGCUCUGCUUGGCGACCCCACCUUCAUGUCCCAGCUGUCUGGCUACGACAAAGACAACAUCGCACCAAACGUGAUAGCCGCAAUCCGUCCCUUCCUUGACCGCAAGGAGUUUGAGCCCGAGACUGUGAAAAAGGCGUCCAAGGCGGCCUACGGGCUGUGCUGCUGGGUGCGCGCCAUGGAGGCCUACGACAGGGUGGCCAAGGUGGUGGCCCCCAAGAAAGCAGCCCUGGCCACUGCAGAGGCUGAGUUUGAGCAGCUCAUGGUCGGGCUGCGGGCAAAGAAGGCUGAGCUGGCGGCGGUUGAAGCACGCGUUGAGGAGCUCAACUCCAAGCUCAGGGAGAUGCAGGCGAGCCGGGGUGCACGCCCUGCAGAGCGCAAGGCUUCUCUCGAGGCCGAGGCCGCGCUGUGUGAGAAAAAGCUGGAGCGCGCGACAAAGCUCAUAGGCGGCCUCGGAGGGGAGAAGACGCGCUGGAGCGAGGUCACGCGGCGGCUGGCCAAGGACUACGUCAACCUGACGGGUGACGUCCUGCUGGCCGCCGGGUACAUCGCGUACCUCGGGCCGUACACCGCCCCCUACAGGGAUCGCAUGGCGCACGCAUGGCUGUCGAAGUGCAGGUAA